AUGAUACUCAAAUCUGUUAUAUUAAUUGGAGGCCCUUCAAAAGGAACAAGGUUUAGGCCACUUUCCUUGGAUAUGCCAAAACCAUUAUUUCCAAUUGCUGGAUUACCAGUAAUACAAUAUCAUGUAGAAGCAUGUUCUAAAGUGGAAAAUCUUGUUGAAAUAUUGAUAAUUGGAUCAUAUCCUGCAAGUGAUCUGUCUCAAUUUAUUCAAGAAAUGACAAGUACAUAUAAUAUAACAGUUAGGUAUCUUCAAGAGUUUACACCAUUAGGAACAGCAGGAGGAUUAUAUCAUUUUCGUGAUCAAAUAAGGUCUGGUGGACCUACAUAUUUCUUUGUGAUGAAUGGUGAUGUGUGUGCUGAUUUUUCUUUACAAGAAAUAGUAGAAUAUCAUAAAGAGAAACAAGCAUUGCUUACUGCUAUGGCUACUGAAGCAACGAAACAACAAUCCUUAAAUUAUGGGUGUAUGGUUCUUGAUAUGAAUGGAGGAGUUGCUCAUUAUGUAGAGAAACCAUCAACAUUUGUUUCAACUUUAAUCAACUGUGGCAUCUACCUUGCUUCCUUAGAUAUUUUCCAAACCAUGACUGAUGUAUUUAAUGCAGGACAGAAUCAAGAAAAUUUGAUGCAGUUUAAUGGUAAUGGUAAAGAUCCAGCUCAUAUAUCUCUUGAACAAGAUAUAUUAACACGAUUAGCAGGAACUGGUCGUUUAUUUGCUUUACCUGUUCUAAGAUGGUGGUCACAAGUUAAAACUGCAGGUUCUGCUAUACAUGCCAACUGUCACUAUUUAACUUUAUUUAAGACACAACAUCCAAACCAUCUUACUUCUGCAGCUGAUGGACCUUGUCAGAUUAUUGGUGAUGUUUAUAUUCAUCCUUCUGCUACUGUACAUUCAACAACAGUGUUAGGUCCAAAUGUAAGCAUAGGCCCAAAUGCUGUAAUUGCUGCUGGUGUUAGAAUAAAGGAGUCAAUCAUAUUAGCCAAUGCCCAUAUUCAGGCACAUUCCAUUAUCUUACACAGUAUAGUGGGAAAAAGCAGCUAUGUAGGAGAAUGGGCACGUAUAGAAGGGACACCAUGUGAUCCCAAUCCUGACAAACCAUUUGUAAAAAUGGAAAACUUGCCUUUGUUUAAUGCUAACGGAAAACUAAAUCCUUCUAUAACAAUUCUCGGAACUAGUGUACGUUUGGCAGCAGAGAAAAUUGUACUAAAUUCGAUUGUUUUACCGCAUAAAGAACUGACAAGAAAUUUUAAAAACGAAAUUAUUCUUUAA